AUGGUACUGUGCGACAAGAAAGUCCCUGUUCGACUGAAGUCGAAGAUCUACAGGACGGUUGUGCGUCCUGUUGCCCUUUACGGAUGCGAGUGCUGGCCGACGACGAAAGCCUUGGAAAGAGUGCUGCACGCUAUGGAGAUGCGGAUGUUGAGGUGGACGAUAGGUGUAACGCUAAAAGAGAAAGUAUCCAACGAUACUGUACGUUCCAUCUUCGGCAUCGUCCCGAUAACUGAGAAGAUGAAUGAGGCGCGACUGAGAUGGUUUGGUGAAGUCUUGCGGCGGGAGGAAGAUUCUGUUGCCAAAACCGUUCUGAAGCUCGACGUUUCAGGAGUGAGGCCGCGUGGGAGGCCAAAGAUUCGCUUGUUAGACCGUGUGAAACUGGAUAUGAUAGAUGAACGUUUAUGUGCGGCUGAUGCAAUGGAUAGAACAAAAUGGAAGACAAGAAGCAGAAAAGCGGACCCUGCAACAACGCGGGACAAACGCUAG